GAUCGAUGAACUGGUGCCGCUUAAGGUGACCACUGACCAUCUAUUUAGCAGGCAAGCUACCGUUGGCAACUGCUUCCAUCUUUCUUCCACCUCUCAACCUCGACGCCCUAGACAACGCUUUACAUACCAUGGAUGAAGAGUACGAUGUCGUCGUUUUGGGUACUGGUCUGACCGAAUGUAUUCUCUCGGGUCUCUUGUCCGUGGACGGCAAGAAGGUCCUGCACAUGGAUAGAAAUGAUUACUACGGUGGUGAUAGUGCGAGUUUGAACUUGACGCAGCUCUACCGUAAGUUCAGACCGGACGGUUCGCCUCCAUCUGAGCUUGGUCGUGACCGCGACUAUGCGAUCGACCUGAUUCCCAAGUUCAUCAUUGCAUCGGGCGAGCUCACCAAGAUCCUUGUACACACGGACGUAACCCGUUACCUCGAGUUUAAGCAGAUCGCUGGCAGCUACGUGUACCGUGAUGGCAGGAUCUCCAAGGUUCCAAGUACCGAAAUUGAGGCCGUGAGGAGCCCUUUGAUGGGUCUCUUCGAGAAGCGGAGAGCAAAGAAAUUCUUUGAGUUCCUGCAGAGCUGGAAGGAUGAGGAUCCCGCUACCCACCAAGGUAUUAACCUUGACACGGACUCGAUGAAGACCAUAUACGAGAAGUUCGGUCUUGAACCGGGCACUCAAGAUUUCAUCGGUCACGCUAUGGCUUUGUACCUGGAUGAUGACUACAAGACCAAACCUGCCCGUGAAGCGUAUGAACGAAUCAUCCUCUAUACCUCUUCCAUGGCGCGUUACGGCAAGUCUCCUUACAUCUAUCCUCUCUAUGGCCUCGGCGAGUUGCCUCAGGCAUUUGCUCGUCUCAGUGCCAUCUACGGUGGUACUUACAUGUUGGAUAAACAUAUCGACGAGAUUGUCACGGAUGCCGAUGGCAAGUUCGUUGGUGUAAGAAGUGGUACUGAGACUGUCAAGGCUAAGCAGGUCAUUGGUGACCCUAGCUACUUCGGUGCCGGACAUGACACUGAGGGUGGUAAGGUCAGAGUUGUGGAGGAGGGUAAGGUGAUUCGGGCCAUUUGUAUCCUCAAGCACCCCAUCCCGGGAACCGAUGACGCCGACAGCUGUCAGAUUAUUAUUCCUCAGAACCAGGUCAACAGGCGAAACGAUAUCUACGUUGCCAUGGUCUCUUCGACGCACAAUGUCUGCGCUAAGGACGUAUACGUCGCUAUCGUCAGCACCAUUGUAGAGACCAAGAAUCCUGAGCAGGAGAUUGCUCCGGGGCUCGCGCUUUUGGGACCGAUCUAUGACAAGUUUGUAUCGGUCACUUCCUUGUACACCCCCACAUCAACUGGCGAGAGCGACAAUGUCUUCGUUACACGCUCUUACGACGCGACUUCUCACUUCGAGACUGUCGUUGAGGAUGUCCACGCGGUUUACAAGAGGGCAACUGGCAAGGACCUUGUGUUGAAGAAACGUGAGGCUGAGGGGGAGUCCUAGAUUAUCAUUCGUUCGCUAUAUUUCUCUUAUAUCGGAUUUUGUGGCUUGGAAGAAGUCAAGACAUUUGUAUAAAAGCGGUCUGCAAUCCAUAUUCUAAUACAUCCUGGUUGAUAUAAUAAGUUAGAGCGUUCGAGAUGUAAUUCUGUGUAUGCAGCUUGAUCGCAAACACGGCUGCAUUAGAAAAAUGCACUCAUAUCGAAAUC